CAGCGUUGUUGGAUAUACAGUCAUCAUGGAAUUAGGAAUGCAUAUGUUUCUGCUUUUCUUUGUAAUUGACAUGUGCAGGGCUGAAGAACAGCAUUCGAUCAUACUGCACCGGGAAAAGAGAAGGUGGAUUUCUGCUGUUUUUAAACUUACAGAGGAAGAUCCAGGACCUUACCCAAAAAAGGCUAUACAACUUUCCAAUGACAGGUCAAAAAACCAUACACUGCUAUAUAUAAUUUCCGGUGAGGGUGUUGAUGAGGAUCCUGAGAGAAACUUGUUCUCGAUUGACAGAGAGACUGGAGAAAUAUUUGUUCAUCACAAAGUUGAUCGUGAGGAAACACAAUCAUUGAUGUUUAAAGUUGAUGCUAUGGACAGAGCUACUUUGAAGAUAGUUGAUGACCACAUGUUAUAUAAAAUUCAAGUGAUUGAUAUUAAUGACAAUAGCCCUAAAUUCAAACAAGAUGUAUAUAAAGUUGACAUAUUGGAAAGUACAUAUCCAGGGACAAGUGUCUUCAGAAUUAAAGCAGAAGAUCCUGAUGAAAUAAGCAGUGGUAAUGGACGAGUUUCAUACUCUAUUAUGUCUCAAGAUCCUAAAAAACCUUCGAAUAUGUUUAGAAUUGAUGAAAACAAUGGAACCAUUUUUCUUCAAAAAUGUUUAGACUAUGAGGCCAUCAAAUCUUAUUCAUUAAUCAUUAAAGCAAGAGACAAUGGACAGAAAGUGCUUUCAUCUUCUGCGCAAGUGAAGUUCAAAGUGAUAGAUUCCAAUACCCAUCCUCCUAUUUUCAUAGAGAAAAGUGCUUCAGCAAUUAUCAAUGAGAGUGCCAAAAACGUGGUUAUAUUACGAGUAGGUGUUACUGAUCAAGACACUCCCAAUACACCAGCCUGGAGGGCAAAGUUUAAAAUAAUAGAAGGGAAUGAAAAUGAAAAUUAUAAAAUGGAAACAGAUCCAGAAACAAAUGAGGGUCUACUGAGUCUGAUAAAGUCUCUGGAUUAUGAGCUUGGUCCUAAAAGGAAUCUUAAAAUAACUAUGGAGAAUGAAGAGCCACUUUUCACAUGUCUGGGUACAAAGCCUAUGGAACCAGAAGUGUUAUCUGCAGUUAUUACUGUGAAGGAUGUGAAUGACCGCCCAGUGUUUGAUCCUCCAGUGUUAGUUGUUAAUGAGCAUGAAGGCGAAAAACCUGGAAGAGUUCUGGGAAAAUUCAACGCUUAUGAUACUGACAAAUUUUAUAAACAUUCCAUCAAAUAUUAUAAAGAUGAUGAACCUGCAGGAUGGGUGACUGUAGAUUCAGAAACUGGUGUUGUCACAACAGUAAAAGAAUUGGACAGAGAAUCCCCGUACGUGAAUAACAGUGUUUACGUAUUUACAGUGCAUGCAGUUGAACUUGGUGAGGAUCCCAUGACAGGAACUGGCACAAUGUCUAUUAUUCUAUCAGACAUUAAUGAUAAUCAACCAUAUCUGAAAACUGAAUAUGAAGACAUGUGUGAUGAUGGAGAAAUGAAAUUUAUAACUGUUACAGCAAAUGAUAAGGACCUAGAGCCCUUCAGUAGUCCCUUUACAUUUGAAUUGUUGGACAAUGAACAAAAUAUAAAGAAAAACUGGAAAUUAGGUAAAAUGACAGAUACCACUGUUCAGCUCAACAGAAUAAGAAAAGUUCCCAUUGGAAAUUACAGCAUACCUUUCAAAAUCCGAGAUAGGCAAGGAAUUUCCAAGGAAAGUUCACUGAAUUUACAUGUUUGCCAUUGCAUUGAUGGGAAAACAUGUCCUGCUCCAAUGCCUGCAACAUCCUUCUUGGGCAGAGCUGCAAUUGGUUUUCUCUUUGCUGGUUUAUUAUUCUUAAUUUUGGGAUUAUGCUUACUCCUGUUUUGCACAUCUAAAAAGACGUUUUUGAAACCUUACAAUGAACCUGUGUGGACCUUGAUUAAAUACAAUGAUGAAGGAGUUCCUGUAGAGAUUCAGAAGCCAGCAAAUAUUCUUUCAUCACAAGUAGUUUCCAAUGAAGUCGGGCUGGGUGUUAAAAGGAAUACAAUCAAUUAUAGCAGUCAAGGAAAUGUUGGAGGGAUGCAAUCCAACGUCAAUGGGACAAUAAGACAGAUGAAUCCCUAUGAUUCAAGAGCAUUGUCUUUUAGAAGCAAUUUGAAUACUUAUGGAGAUGGCAGAUUAAGAAUGAAUAACAUGUCACAAAGAUUUAGCAUGUAUGGUUUGGCUAACAGGCAGAAUAUGGACCAUUCAUCACAUGCAAGUUCUGUAUUCAAUUCACAGAAUUCUUUGCACUUCUACAGGGCACAAGAUUGGGGUGCCAGGGAAAGGAUGGACAUGGAUGCAGAAAUUACAGAGGCUGUCUAUAAGCCUUGUGUAUAUGGCUAUGAAGGAGAAGAAUCAAGUAUGCUAACUCUUGAUUCCAUCAGCAGGAUUGAAGAUAAUGUAAGCUUAAGCUUCUUGAAUGACUUGGGACCAAAGUUUAAAACACUGGCAAAAGUAUGUCAAGAUAAGAAUCCACAUUUAAGUCAACAGGAAUAGAUCAAAGCUGUGCUUUCAAAGCCUUUUAUUCAACCAAUACCUAAUUAAAUUGCAUAACUUCAGCUUGUGACAUUUGAAUUGAGAUAAAAAUGAUAUUUCUCAAUGGUUCUGUAUUCAAAGCCGUUAUUACAUGUUGCAACAAGGUUGCACAUUGAACCAAGAUGACUUCAUUGUGACCUCUAAGGCAACUCUAUGCAAUACCAUGGAAUAUUCAUACAUUUGAAUUUCUGCUGGAUUUCCUAGAUUAUCACGACUGGCUGAUCAUGAGAUUAAAAAAGCAAAUUCAAGUCUUAGAAAAUUAACCAAAAUGAUAUUUAGUCCAGUGUUUUGGAAAUUUCUGCAGUAGACCAAACAAGUGAGGAGAAUUAUACAGGAAGUUAAAUUCCAUAAAUUGUAGUUUAUACAAAAACUGGGGACUAGUUUUGACUAUGUUUUUGUGAUUUUUAUAGCUCUGACUCAUUGCCAAUUAAGGAUUGAAAAUAUGUUCAGUUUGCUCUUAUAUUUUCUUUGCAAAAUUAUUUUAACUGUUUGAAAAGGCUGUAAAUGUUUCAUAUAGCAAGAGGAGUUAGCAUUACAUUUUUUCAUGUAAAAGGACCAUUCAAUUAUAUUAACAUUCCUUUUCUCAGGGCAUUUUUAGUGUUGAAACACAGGGUUAAAUUAUCAUUUGGCACUACAUUAACAAAACAGCUUAAGUAGGGCAUCAUCAUUCCUGGCUUAACUGCAAUACUUAUUAGUUAGACUAGUCUGGAGUAGUUGCCUCUUGCUACAUGCCUCUUCUUUGGAAAAACAUUACAAGAGUGAAAAAACACCCUGUAAACCACUUCAUUUAUUUGCCCUUUUCUUCAGAGUUAACUAGGGAAAAGACACUGUUACUGUCAAAAUCCAGCUUGGUGAGGGGGAUCCUCCUGACAUUUCAAUUUUGCUUGACAAACUUCAAGUGAAGUAGUUUGAGGUCAAUAUUGUAGUUGCGAGUCUUGGCUCAAUGUUAUCCCACUAGCAGAAUUUUUAGUCUAUAUUUGAAUGUAAGGUGAUAGGUUCACCAUUUGGAAUUCCAUGUUCUUCUGUAUUAGCUUUAUUUAAAUGUUAUACUGGUGUUUUGGAACAGUGGGCUGUGUAAAUAUUGUGUAUUUUUUGACAGGGAUUUGAAAAAUGUACAUUGAAUUGUUUUAGACAACAGUUCUUUUGGAGUACGGAUUAUUUUGAGAAUUGGUGAAGCUGGUUUUGAUCUUUUAAGUAUGCAACUUUAAACACUUUAUAUUGUUUUGUUUAAAAAGGGUUUAUAUGAAAUAUAGUUGAAUAUGAAAUACUGUAUGUUUAAAUAUCCUGAUUUUUUUCUGCCUGUUUACCAAGUACAGAACAGCAGCAAUAAACAUUGUUUUUUCCCUUAAAAGUCUACAUCAGCAGUUCAGCUGCAACAGAUAUUGCUGUCCACACUAGUAGUGGAAGUCCCAGCAUCACACUCACUCUCCAGUGUGAUAUAUAACUCUACUAUGCUAUUUAAGGAGACCAUGUACAUUUAAAAUCUGUGCAUUUUGUGGUUUGUUAUAUUGGUGGACCAGCUACUGCUGAUAGUUGGGAGAUGUUUGUCUUCA